AUGAGCGUCGGUGACUCUCGAAUCAUCCAUCUCUCAAAUUCGCGUAGAGAAUCUUCAUCCGCUAUCUACGAGCUACUCGACGACACUGAGUCUAGCACCAGUUCCUCCAGCGAAGACGAUUAUUGGGUCGCACUCUCUUUCCAUCAUGCUGAACAACCGGAAAAGCAUAAACCAAAGACAAAGGCCAAGGCACAUGCGAUGAAUGAUUCAAAAGAAAUAAAGAAAAGAAGUGUGUACUUUGUGUUGGAGGAAGAUCGUCAUUCUCUAGUGUCGCGGCAAACACACCACAGGUCUCACAAAAGUCACAAAAAAUUGCCAAGGAAAGAGAAAUUGGAUGAUUCUUCAAGGUACAGUCUUGUCGCUACCUCACAAAAGAUCACACCCCAACCAGUGAAACUUCUCCACAAAUACAAAAGAUACAAUUCUGAGUCGGAACCUAUUAUUCUCCCAAUCCAACGGAAAAUGCGAUCAACUCAUUGUGAGGGUGUGUACGAAGGCACCCGGCCCAGGAGGAGUGUUUCAGCCGUUCCUAUGGAUAAAAAGCCAUCGCAUUCGAGAAGAAGGCGCAGCUCGGAAGUUGUAAGGUCUGUUGACAUGUCUGGCAGUAGCAGUCGGCUGGGCCACAAAGCAUACAGUGUAAAUCAAGAUGCCAACAUGCAGGAGCUUGCCAUCGAUAUGCCAGACCGAUCGAGCAGCAUGAAAAACUUCAAUAAAAAACCCCAAGCCGGAUGUGGAAUAGCAAUUUUGAAGCGUUAUUAA